AUGGAUCCUUCGAUCCCGUCAACGAGUCAUCGAUCCGUGCCGCCAGAUAGGGGCGUACAACCUGAUAGAAACCUUCAUGUUCAAGAGUUGGAAAACAGGAUCCAAAGUCUUGUUCAUGGUGGACAGCGAGAUGAUGUCAAGUUGAAAGAACUUCAAGAUAUUUGGGCAUCACUGGAGAAUCACUUCACUGCGAGCUCACAUGAGAAAGUCGUUGAAAAGCUGGUUCUCUCCAUUCUUCAAUUAUUCUGUAAUACUAGUCCUCAAUUCAUUUCGGAGAAUAACACACAGAUGCUUCGCAAAUUGAUGUUGGAAAUACUGCUCCGACUUUCAAACACUGAUCCAGUGAAAACGCAUAGCAAGGAAAUCCUGAAGCAAAUGAUGAGACUGAUUGGAGUGGAGAAUGAAGAAAAUGCAAUACUCGCUAUCAGAAUUCUCAUCGAUCAGGGAAGAUAUGGAAAGCUAGAUUACUGCCGAGAAGUUCAAUCGCUUUUGCUGUUGAUGCGAACAAUGGUGAAAGAAUUGGCUGAAUCUGGUCGCACAGCCGAAAUGUUUCUUGUCCGAGAGCUCACAGUACCACCAGCAACCAGUUCUGAAGAGCAAUUGAUUGCAGAAUAUCUGACCAAGUGUUACUAUGCUCAACCAGUUAUUCUGAAUGCAAAAGAUGGACUGCAAGGUCCCAAAUUUAACAUGAUUCCAUCGGCUCAUCAAUCUAUAAAAGUUCUUUUGGAAAUGCCGUUUCUCGUCAUAUUCUUCUAUCAGAACUUCAAAACGACAGUUCAAACCGAAGCUUUAGAAUUCACACGGCUAUGUCUGGAUUUUCUGAAUGUUCCCGUUCCAGCCGAUAAGACCAAAUACCAUGACGUUCUCACUGAUGACUUCGUCACAGUUCAAUCUAAAAUUCUGUCGUUUGUGAACAUUAUGGCCAAGAUCCCAGCUUUCAUGGAGCUCCUGCAACAAAAUGGAGACUCGUUGGUGUCCGGAACGAUGCAAAUGCUGGAAAGAUGCCCUCCAGAUCUCAUAUCAGUCCGCAGAGAAGUGUUACUGGCUGUAAAGUACUUUACAGCAGGAGAAAUGAAGUCAAGAUUUUUCACAAUGCUUCCACGGCUCAUAUCAGAACAUUUUAUUUUGGGAACCGGGUUUACAGCGAUUGAACUUUUGAGAGUUUUCAUGUAUCAAAUGUUGGCCGACCUUAUGCAUCACACUCGCGAUACAAUCAGCUACGAAUUGAUCUCUCAUGUGGUCUUUGUCUUCUGUCGGGCACUUCAUGACCCGAACAAUUCUGCCCAAGUUUUGAUCAUGUCUGCGCGUCUUCUUAAUUCGCUUGCCGAAUCUCUCUGUAGAAUGGAAUCUCAAGCUCCGAUCAGAGACCUCAUGCUGGAAAUCUUGGAAGCACAGGUAUCGAAACUGAAGGUUAUGGCCGUAUAUCACAUUCCAAUUCUUUUCCAACAAUAUGGAACAGAAAUUGAAUACGAAUACAGAAACUAUGAGAGGGAGAGUGAAAAACCGAAAGUCAAUGUCAUGAAGGAGAGUACCCAAAGAGAAGUUCCUAAACGGAGAACCCGAAAACUUUCGAUGGAUUCUGUAGAAGAACUCGAGUUUCUUGUAACCGACAAUGUGAAUAUGACUGAAAGUGAGCAGAAGCGCAACGAGCUUCCAACACCAACAAAAGAGCAUACAAAGAAAACAUCACCAGAGGCGAUUCUAAACAGUUUGUAUGCAGCAUCUACUCAGCCACUAGGAUUAAGUGAAACUCGGAACCUUAUAAAGUACGUAAUGCACACAUGCAAGUACGUAACUGGUCAGUUGAAAAUCAGUCGGCCUUCUACUGAAAUGUACCAUUGUGUGAGGGAACGAGAUCUUUACGAACGACUACUCCGCUAUGGAAUCAUGUGUAUGGAUAUAUACGUUUUGCCAGCAGUUAAGAACCAAGCUCAAGCACAUGCUUCCCAGCGAACAAAGGAAGAAAAGGAGGCUUUGGAAUCGUUAGCCAAUGUUUUUACAAGCAUUGAUCAUGCUAUCUUCCGAGAACUUUUUGAGAAAUACAUGGACUUUUUGAUCGAACGAAUUUACAAUCGAAACUAUCCCCUUCAACUGAUGGUUAACACUUUUUUGGUUCGCAACGAGGUUCCUUUCUUCGCUUCUACCAUGCUAUCGUUUUUGAUGUCUCGUAUGAAGAUGUUGGAAGUGAGCAGUGACAAAACCGCGCUGUAUGUGAAGCUGUUCAAAAUAAUCUUCUCAGCAAUCGGAGCCAAUAAUUCGACCAUCUAUCAAGACAGAAUGCUCACAAAUUAUCUUCCCGAGAUUUUGAAACAAUCGACCGUAUUGGCAUUGACUGCUCGUGAACCUACAAAUUACUUCUUGCUGCUUCGUUCCUUAUUUAGAAGUAUUGGAGGUGGUGCUCAGGACAUGUUGUAUGGAACUUUUCUUCAAUUACUGCCAAAUCUUCUUCAAUUCCUCAACAAGCUUACUUCCUGUCAACAUCGGAUACAGAUGCGCGAGAUAUUCGUCGAAUUGUGCCUGACAGUUCCAGUUAGGCUGAGCUCUCUUCUUCCAUAUCUUCCACUUCUCAUGGAUCCUCUAGUUUGUGCGAUGAAUGGAAGUCCGAACUUAGUGACGCAAGGCCUACGAACGUUGGAAUUGUGCGUAGAUAAUCUUCAACCGGAAUAUCUUCUCGAGAAUAUGCUCCCUGUUCGUGGUGCCUUGAUGCAAGGCCUCUACCGAGUCAUCUCGAAAGCUCCCGACACUGCUUCGAUGAAAGUUGCGUUCAGAAUUCUCGGAAAGUUUGGAGGAGCCAAUAGAAAGCUUCUCAACCAACCACAACUUCUCCAAGUUCGACGCUUUCCCGAUUCUUAUCUCAAUAUGGAGUUCUCUCAAAUGGGACUUGACGGAAAUCACAGUCUACACUUGCCAAUUUCCGAGCUGAUGAGAGUUGCUGCUGAUCAGAUGAGAUAUCCAGCUGAUCAGAUUUUCAAUCCGAAUCCUACAAAUAUACCUUCACCACAUGUGAAAAAGUGCUGUAUGGAAUUGUCGAAAGCUGUUCUACUCGCUGGUCUAGGUUCAUCAGGAAGUCAUACGGUCCCCACGAAGGAUCUUCCAAAAGUGUUGAAGAAAUUGCUGACUGGGUUCAAUGUUAAUCAACGAACAACUGAAAUCUACAUUUGUCCGAAAGAAAACGAUCGAGAAGUUUAUGUUAAUGCACUUCUUGUCGUGGCUUAUGGAAUUUGGAAUAAAGACGGGUUACGCCAACUCUACAGUAGAUUUUUCGUCAAGAUCAUCCGCCAAUUCGCUCUUAUGGGCGCAAUCGAAUUCGUCAGCGGAAAUGGUUGGAUGCAAAAUGCCGACGAGGAGGGUGCUCUUCCACUCUGCCUUGAUUCAUCAGUACUCGUGGAUGCUCUAAUCACUUGUCUUUCGGAAACAUCAACGAGCUUCUUCUAUGGCGGAAUCAUGUGUCUUCGUUAUAUCAACGAGACUCUCGAAUUGGCUUUACCAGACAUCAACCAAAUGUCGAAAGUUCCACUGUGCAAAUAUCUGAUGGAGAAAGUGUUGAAACUAUGCCAUGGACCUGCUCAGUACGCAAGAGCUGGCGGAAUUAACGCCUUCAUGUAUAUGAUUGAGCACUAUCCUCGCAAAUUCAUCAUGGACUUUGUCAUCGAUGUUGUUGACGCGAUUAUGGAAGUCCUUCUCGGGCUGGUAGAGGAAAUUUCAAGUGGAUCUGCCGAUAUUGCAACUGAUUGCUUCAAAAAGAUGAUGCGAACUUAUUUCAUUCAAGAAGAAAAUCAAGAAGAGGAGAAUCUGACAUUAGCUUCUAUCUUUGUUGCAGUCUUCGGAAAGCACUACUUCCAUGGAAACGACAGAAUCAGAGAUUACAUGGCGCAACUUAUGGAGUACUGUAUGAUUCAGUCUCGGCUCGAAACCAAUCUAGACAAAUUCUACUAUCGGUUCAGAGAGUUUUUCGAGCCAGAGUUAAUUCGAAUCAUGGAAACACUGCCAACAAUGUCACUUACGGACGCUCAAGGAAGUCUCGAUGGUCUUCAACGCUUUGUCUUCAUUUGUCCAGAAGGUUUCGAGUUCGAGAAAGAUUCGGAAAUCUACAAAAGAUAUUUGGUUCAUCUACUCGAUCUUGCUCAAACUGAUACUCAAACCAUCAACCAACGAAAUGCUUUCAAAAAGUGUGAGACCUGUCCAUCUCAUUUCCUUCCUCCGUUCCCGAUCCUUCAUCACAUCGAUCAAAUGCGUGGAAGUGCUCUCCAAUGCCUUGUUAUUGCCUACGAUCGACUGAGAAAACAGUUGGAAAAUACGACGAGAGAUAUAGAAGAUGAACAACUGAUGAGUGAGAUUCUCGCAAUGAAUUCUCCCAGGAUCACCGUGGAACAAAUAUUCGAAAACAAUGAAUCGUGGAGAAGAUUGAUGACAGUUCUGUUAAGAGCAAUAACUGACAAAGAUAUACCUGAUAUCGCUGACAAACUUUAUCCAGCACUCAUGAGAGUAACGCCAGUUCCAACCAACAUUAUUGCGACUUUUGGAGCCAAUUACAUUCGUAAUAUAAGUCGAGCUAAUGAUGAAAAUGACCCGGAUCGUACAAUCACUUAUCAUGACUGCCGAAAGUUCAGCAUUCUCGUUGAACUGAAUCCCAAAAUACUGGUGAGAAACAUUGUGAAAAAUCUGGCCAAUCAUAUUAUUAAAUACAAUAUGAGCGACAGUAUCUCGAAUAUUUUGGUAAUGCCAAAUGAAGCAAAAGAGGAAGAAGUGGAAGCAUACGAAGCUGAGAAGAAGAGAGGAGUUCGAGAUCUGGAAAUGAUUGGAUACACUGCAAAAAUGCUUGCUGGUUGUUCGAUGGAAAUUCUAACUGCUGAAAUAAUCAUUGAUAUUACUCGUUUUGCCGCUAAAUUCGAGUAUACCUAUUCACAAGAUGUUCUACCAAAUUGGAUCGAUGAUGUAGUGAAGUUGAUGAACAAGGCUCCUGUUGAAGUUUGGAAGUUUUUCUUGUUACGCGAAUCAGUUGCCAAUCCUGCUCGACGUUCUCUUAUCCGAAGAGCCAUAAUCUUCCCUACUAGUGAGCCUCUGCGAAAAGUUUUCAUGCAAACUCCAGAGUACUUGGAACGACUGAUAGAUUCAAAUCUCGAUAACUAUGACAACUCUGAUGAACGUGUCAUCAUUGAUCGCGAAAUGUUCCUGCUCUCGUUGGUGGACCGAAUCUCCAGAAACUGUCACGACUGGCUCUCAGACCCAAGUUUGUCCCCUAUUCCUCAGUUGAGAGCAUUUUUCAAUGGAACUGAGUUCAUGGAUAGAUACUCCGUCAGGUCAAUAAUGGUGGAAGAAGCAAGAGAGAUUCGAGUGAUAAGUAUGACAGAAGAUAAGUACAAAGUUCCGAAGUUGAUGACCAAUAUCUUUUUGAGAUAUCUCAGGUUUGUUAGAAAGUAUUUUCCGGUUAAACUUAUUUUUUACAGAAAUAAUAUCCAAGACUAUGAUAUGUUCUUCAAUGUAGUAUCGGUCUUCAUGGGAAAAUUCCAAACCGAUUUUACAUUCGUCCGAGAAUAUCUGGAAGUUGAAGUCAUUCCAAAAAUGCCACUAUGGUGGAGAAGAGAGAUUUUCAUAAAAGUAAUGGUGAUGUUCGAAGAAAAUGCGCAGAAGGCAUGCAAGGAUUUCCGGAUUCUAAAAGCUCUUCAGUACCUGAUUCUUCCAUCUCUACAAUGGGCGUUCGAACGAUACGAUACCGAUGAAAUAGUUGGAAGUGCGCCUAUAGACGAUUCUGAGAAUGCAGCAGAUGCGGAAUCUUCCAACAACACCGAAAAUCUUGUCGGGCGUCUCACAUCAGUGAUCGGAGCGCACCGCCUGGAUUUCAGCGAUGGAAUGAUAAUUUUGUUCUAUCAAUUGUGCACUCUAUUCGUUCAGCAUGCACCUGAGCAUAUUCACAACAAUCAUUGUAAGAAACAAGGUGGACGUCUUCGGAACUUCAUGCUUUUCGCUUGGCCGUGCCUUGCCACUCCGAACCGUCAGGACCCGACUUUGAGAUACACUGGAUUCUUCUUCCUCGCGAACAUAAUCGAACGAUUCACUAUAAACCGGAAAAUCGUUCUACAAGUGUUCCAACAACUCAUGACAAACUAUCAGCAAGAUACGAGAGAUCAAGUUCGUCGAGCUAUUGAUAUUCUGACUCCGGCGUUGAAAGUCAGAAUGGAAGACGGACAUCAGCAGAUUCUAACCCAAGUUAAAAAACUGCUUAUCGAAGAAGGCCAUAUUUUGCAGCAUAUUCAACAUAUUCUAGGUACAAUCAUUCGUAACUGGCGGGUUUACUAUCAUAUUCGUCAUGAGAUCCUCACUCCUCUUCUGAAUGCAGUUCAACGAGCCCUCACCAUGCCAAACAGUGUUAUUGAACACGCUCAAACUCGAAAACAAGCGAUCGAAGUCUGUGAAAUGAUCAUCAAGUGGGAGCUGCUCAAACUACACAAGACAGAUCAUAUCAUCACUGACGAUGAGGCUAAUGAAGUCGAUAAACUAUACGAGAAACUUCGUGGUGCUAGUAGUCCGGAUAGGUACGAUUUUGAGGAUCAGCAAAUGAAAAAGGAUCUUCUCGACUCUCAACGUGUUAUCACGAGAGAACAUGUGGACAUCGUUGUGAAUAUGCUGAUGCGGUUCUGUGUGAUGUUCCAUACAAGUGCCCAGAACAAUUCCACUUCUGGACAACAAGGUGCCGAGCUAGUCAAGAAAUGCCAGUUGCUCCUCCGAAUCUGUCUUCGUUCGAGUGUUUGGGGAGACUUUGUCAACAUUCGAACUUCGAUUCUCAACAACUACAUCGUUGUUCCGUCGGAAUUGAUCCCGAAACAAAAUGAAGUCCAAAACCCGGAGUACGUGCUUGCUGCUAACAAUUCUCAAUAUACCAUCGAAAUGCUGAAUGUUAUCGUUCCAAUUCUGCCGAAACCCACUUUGAAGAACGUUCUUAAUAUAUUGCAACCAGCACUUAUUGGUGUUAUUCAGUCUAGUGGUCAUAUGUCCCGAGGAAUCACACAGUUGAUUUCUCGGCUAGGUGAAAGAACCAGUGUUUCAACAAACGGCUUAGAUGAAUUCGAAUUGCUCAAUUCCUACAUAGUUAAAUAUAUUCAUGAUAGUUUCUCAACCAUUUUGAGGUGCGUUUUAAUUUGGAUUUCUAUUUAUAGUCUAAACCCGUUUUUCAGAAAUCAAAACGCGCCAGUCUUGAGUGUUCUCGGUUCAUUCACUCUACUUCGAGCAAUGUGUGGCCACGAGGCAGGAUUCUUGGACAAUUUCAUGCCAACUUUCCUCAAAGUUAUGGAUAGAGUGGCGAGAGAGCACCUGCAGUUCAAUAGCAGACAACAACCAUCAGUACAGAAAAAUCUAUCUGAGUUGACGUGUGUAUGCAUGGAACUGGUGCGCCAAAGAAUCGAUCAUAUCGGCUUGGAGUUGAAACGAACAACGAUAACCGAUGUCAUGACAGAGCUUAUCUUCAAGUCAACAAGCGAAAGGGUAAUCCAAGUAUGUGCGAAGCUGAUAGGAGCCAUGCUGUCUCCAACCGACAUGGAAUUCUCACUUCAUACCUGUCUUCAACAACUGGUUCGAAUUCAAUCAGUGAUCAUAAGCAAGUUCAAAAACUGUAAAGAAGUCAUUACGGAGUUUCUUGUCGUUGUUAUCAAGGUUUUUGAGAACGCUGAAUAUCGAAACUCGGAAUACGGAGCUCGUCUGUGGGAGGCAUUCUUUUGGGGUCUUAAGAGUACGGAUCCAACGACAAGAGAUAGUUUCUCAGCCGUCUGGGAGAUGACGUGGCCACAAAUGUCAACUGCUGAUAUAUGUCACAGAAUGAAGUACAUCAUGAAGCACCAAGAUUGGUCGAAGUUCAAACAUGCGUUUUGGUUGAAAUUUGCGCUAUGGGGAAUGUUAAGAGCAAUUUCUAAACGACCAAAAUCUGUGAACAAUCCAAAGAAGAAAGUGGUGAUGUUGAAUUGUGCAACUCCGUGGAGGACUAUUGAAUAUGCUGCAAGACUCAAAGAGCAACAUAUGGAAACUGAUCCGAUGAUUAAGCUUGAAGAACCAGAACCAAUGGAAGUCGAUCAGCCGAAAAACGCUCCAGCGGAAGAGCCGAAAGACAAUAAAUUGUCAUUGGAUGAUUUUCUAGCUGGUCAACAGGAACUUCUCGAGGAAGCCGCGGAAUUCGACUUUGCUGAUGCUCUAGAUACAGUCUCUCAAAUCACAUUUGGAAUCAAUGAUAACGGAAUGACUAGUAGGAUCUGGGUGACCUUUUUCAAAUCGUUCUGGGCAUCACUACAACCGCGAGAAGUCGAGGAUUUCACUGCGUUGAUUGUGCCGUUUUUGAGCAGUGGAGUUCAUAAUCAAUUCCAAACUGGUGUACAAGACAGUGUUCUGGCUGUUUGGCUUGAGGCGAUUGGUGAAAAAGUACCAUUGCCAUCAAGUUUGAUCGAGUUCAUCUCAUCAAAGCACGAAUGUUGGUAUACGGGAAUUUCAAUCCUCGAAAGCAGUAUUUGGUCCAUACCAAAACAACUCAAUAAUACUCUCCUAGGCAACAUCAAUUGUGAUCGUUCUCUGACUUCCAAUAUCGAGACUCUCGAAUCAUUAGGAGCUUUGUACAAGGAAUUGGCGGAAUUCGACCAGUACUCUGCAAUCUGGGAACGUCGUUCCGUCUUCCCUGAAACAAUGAAGGCGAUGUCAGCAUUACAAUUGGGUGAUAUGGACACUGCUGCAAGCAUUCUCGAACAAGCGAUGAAUAAAGAAAUGGAACAUCUUCCUGUACCUACGGCUAAUGCUGCUCCACCCGGCCCUAACGACAGACAAAUCUCGCCAAUCUAUGACCGGGAGUAUGAACAAUGGAUGCAAAUGUACAUGUCGAGCUGUUCCGAAUUGCUUCAGUGGCAAACUGUCGCCGAAAUCUCCAACAGCAGAGAAGUGCAAGAUGUUCGAGGAAUAAUCACAGCUGCUUCGCAUAUUCCGGAUUGGAAUCUUGUCGAAGAUUGCAGAAGCAUGUUGUCUGGUUGUAUCCCUCCAGACUUCCAUUUAGAAUACACUGUUUUCAAUUUGAUGAGUACUGUUAUGAGAUUGAAUGAAUCUGUGAAUGUGCCUCAUGCUCGGGAAAGAUGCAAACAAGCGCUUCAAGAAUGUAUCGAAGCCCAUAUCAGCCGAUUCAGAGCACUUCCGUCUGUCACCUCUUAUGGCCACGUCAAGAUUCUUCAAUCUAUGAAUUUGGUCCGAGAUAUAGAAGAGUCGAUGGAAGUUCGGAUAGCUCUUCUCGAACAGCCAACCAAAAUGGAUCAAAGUUUGAUGAUGGACAUGAAAAGUUUAAUGAAAGUUUAUCGGAAUCGCACACCAACCACGGCUGAUGACAUGGGAUUCGUUGCGACAUGGUACGAUUGGAGGAAUCAGAUUCAUGGGAUGAUGCUUCAGAGAUUUGAGUGGUUCGAUAAAUCUUCGCUCAGUACUACCGGUAACGGUAAUCAAUCAAUUGUUCCGAUCCAUUCCAUGGCUCAAGCACAGCUGACGGUGGCUAAACACGCAAAGAGCUUAGGAUUCAACAAUCUCGCCAAAGAUCUUUUGAACAAACUUGGAGGUUUGCCAGCUAUCCCAAUGAUGGAUGCAGUUGAUAAAGUUUGCACAUAUGGAAAAACACUUCGUGCAUUGUCUAAUAACGUCGAUGAUGAGAGAUCGAAGCAGGAACUUUUGUAUGAGGCUCUUGAAGUGCUUGAAGACGUUAGAAUCGAUGAUUUGCAAAAAGAUCAAAUUACCUCACUCCUAUUCAAUAGAGCUACAAUUCAUUCGGCUCUCGGACAAACUGCGAACGCUGAUCGAGCUUUCUCGGCGGCUGUACAAUUGACCGACAUGAAAACUGCAAACGUUCCAACGGGAAUAAAAUUGUUCCGGCAGUGGGGUAAUCAUCUGAAUAAGCUCUUCUUCGAUCAGUCCCAGAUGGUAUCCAAAGAAACGAGCGAAAACUUCGGUAGACAAGCUCUUUCCUGUUAUUUCGUCGCUGCACGUGUGGAUGGUGACCUCAAAGCUCGGAAACCUAUUGCUAAAAUUCUGUGGAUAGCGAAACAUUUGAUGGCUAGCGGAGCUUCUGAAGCACUGAACAGAGUCAUCCAAAAACAUCUUCCAUCCUUGAAUCUCUUCAAUUGGCUCUACUGGAUACCACAGCUAGUCACUGAAAUCAGUCACCAACCAAACAACAACUUUAUAAUGGUUCUGUGCAGAGUAAGUUUGAAAUCGGAAAGUUUCAACUCUAAUGGCGCGUCCAAAGUUUCCAAAUCUGGGAUUUCUGGGCCCAGAAAACAGUCCAAAGUGACGCCCAGAUUCCCAAGAUUUCUAAUUGAGCAAAAUUUGAACCAAUGCGACGAUAUAGCUGCUGCUCAUCCCCUCCAAGUGUUCUACCAUAUUCGCGAAGCAGUUUCUGUAGAAGAUAUUGAUGCAGUUUUCGCUCAAGAUUAUACAGAAGAAGAAAUGUCAAUGGAUACACCUGAUGACGAAGCUUUCUCCAACGAUCCGCCAUUUUCCCGAGCUCUGAAAAUAUGUCUCAAGUAUCGUCCUACAGACAUACGCGUCUUGCAUCGGAUUCUCAAAGAACUCGAUCAAAUGACAGAGACAUGGGUUGAAAGACAUUUACGCUUCGCCGUAGCCAUCAAAGAUCAGUUAUUCGAAGAUUUUGCUGAACAAAUGGAUGCUCGUUUCAAUGAGAUGCAAUUCUCAGGUGCUGUAUACGAACUAACUCAGAAGUGGAAACGUCAACUUGAAGAAGACUAUAAGUUCUUUGAGAAUAACUACAACCUGGAUCUUUUGGAAAUCAGGAACAGACGGAGGGUUAUUGUGACGAAGGGAUACAUGGGAACUGUGCCAAGUCAAAUCAUGUUCGAAAAAGAACUGAGUCAAGUAUUCACUGAUCCACCAGAGAUGAAGGACGAGUUUGAAUAUGUUACUGAAAUCACGAAAGUAAUUUUUGAUCAACUAGACAUUCGAUCACCACAAGCCCCUCGUCCAGCACUUUUCGUUCGUACGGUUAUGGAAUGGAUUCGAAUUAUUCGUCGUCGGUUUGAUAGACUGCCAAGACGUGUUCCUAUGGAGAUUUCGAGCCCUUAUCUCGCGCGAUUCAGUCAUCGUACUGGUUGCAUCGAAAUGCCAUAUGAUCUUCUUAAUGUGCUACGUGCGAAGAAUCACAGUCUAAAUGCCACUAAUCAAACUGGACAGUACAUAUCGAUGAUGUCUCGAUUUGAACCGUAUUUUGAAAUUGUGAUGAGAGGCGGACAAGUUACUCGAAAGAUCUAUCUUCGAGGACAAACUGGAAAAAGUGCAGCGUUCUACCUCAAAAAGUCUAUCAAGGAUGAGCGAACGAAUCGGGUGCCCCAGAUGUUCAAGCAUGUCGAUUACCUUCUUCAGAACGAUAGAGAAACUGCGAGAAGACAUUUAUCUGUCCCAUCACUUCUUCAAAUGAGAGUCAGCAAGAACACGACAUUCUGCGAGAUUGCCUCUGUCCAACCGUAUGCUAUACCGCAAGAUUGUUCAAGAAAUUAUCCAGCAUCGCAAAUUGAAGUCAUGCAUCCUUAUGAAGUUUUGACAUCCACAUUCAACGGACUGUACUCUCCAGAUGACAUGGUUAUGCAUUUCUAUGAAAGAUUCGCUGACAGUUGCUCUUCCAUCGGACAGCCUCUCCCGCAGAACAUAGAUCCUUCAAUGGCAUCGCAACCACGACUUACUGAACCGCACCAUGUGAAGAACAUCAUUUAUGAAGACUUCGCCAGGGAUAUGAUUCCAUUCCGACUGCUGACUGAUUACCUUCUUGCACGCUAUCCGGAUCCAGUAAUGUUUUACGCUAUGCGAAAGCAGUUCAUUCAUAGUUUCGCCGUCCUCUCCAUCAUCGAAUAUCAUUGCAAUCUGUCUCCAAUGACUCCUCACCAAAUGAUAAUCUCUAUGAAUACUGGAGUUCUAAAUAAUCCAUUCUACCGCUUCGAACUUGGAACUGGGCAACUUAUGGAUAUCGAACAUUUUGCUCAUGAAGUUCCCUUCCGCUUAACGCCAAAUUUGAUGAUGUUCGUUGGAGUUGCUCAGGAUGGAGAUUUGUUAUGGAGUAUGGCAGCAGUGGCUAGAUGUUUAAUGAAAAAAGAACCAGGAGCUGUGAUGAGACCAUUGCUCUGGGAUGAGUACGCCAAUAAUGUUAAUUAUGAAAACAUGAUUUACAUUUGCCACGCUGCGAAUUCCUAUGUCAAGUGCAUCGAAAACAAGGUUGCAAUGACGAAUCGCCAUGAUGCCAAAGUGAAGAAAGACGACUGCAAUUCGCUGAUUAUCCGGGCCAAAGAUUCCGACAAUCUGUCUCGAAUGCCCCCAACAUAUCACGCUUGGUUCUAA